CAGCUGCGAGCGCGGGGCGCGCGUCCCUUCCGGCUCGCCGUAGCAGGCGCGCCGCCGCUUCCUCCGGCCGGGCCCCGGAUGUAUCGAGCGGAACGGCGCCGACUGGGCCCGGUCCCCAGCCCCAGGCCGACGUGGAGGAGCGCGGCCCAGACCCAGGAAUGUCUUGUCACGUCAGUGGCCUGCAGUCCGUGGUCCUUGCGUCUGGCUGUGCUCCUUGGCGUCCUCGUGGUAUGGGUGUGUCUGUAGCUCGGCCUUUACGUUGCUGAGGCGGCUGCGUUGUGUGGCUCUUGCAGGUGUUUUAUUCCUUCGCCAGGUGAAGGAGAGCAUUAAGUUGGAUACAAAAGGGGGGCGACCAUGCACCAUGGCAGCGGCCCUCAGAACGUCCAGCACCAGCUGCAGAGGUCCAGGGCCUUCGCCGGCAGCGAAGGAGAAGAGCAGCAGGCCCGUCCCAAUCCCCCGCAGUCCCCCGCCACGCCCUUUGCGCCGGCGGCGAGCCCGUCCGCGCCCCAGUCCCCCGGUUACCAAGUUCAGCAGCUGAUGAACCGCAGCCCCGUGGCCGGGCAGAGCGUGAACAUCGCCCUUCAGAAUGUGGGGCCGGUGGUGGGAGGGAACCCCCAGAUCACGCUGGCCCCCCUGCCGCUCCCCAGCCCCACUUCUCCGGGAUUCCAGUUCAGUGCGCAGCAGAGGCGGUUUGAGCACGGGUCUCCAUCGUACAUCCAGGUCACCUCGCCGCUGUCCCAGCAGGUGCAGACUCAGAGCCCCACCCAGCCCAGCCCCGGGCCGGGACCGGGCCUGCAGAGCGUGCGGGCGGGUGCCCCUGGCCCCGGCCUGGGCCUGUGCAGCAGCAGUCCCACCGGGGGCUUCGUGGACGCCAGUGUGCUGGUGAGACAGAUCAGCCUGAGCCCGUCCAGUGGCGGCCACUUCGUGUUCCAGGAGGGCUCGGGCCUGGCGCAGAUGGCCCCGGGCGCCCAGGUUCAGCUGCAGCACACGGGGGCGCCCAUCACGGUCAGAGAACGGAGACUCUCGCAGCCCCACGCGCAGUCGGGGGGCACCAUCCACCACCUGGGACCUCAGAGCCCCGCGGCCGCAGGCGGGGCCGGCCUGCAGCCCCUGUCCAGCCCCGGCCACAUCACCACGACGAGCUUGCCGCCCCAGAUCAGCAGCAUCAUCCAGGGGCAGCUGAUCCAGCAGCAGCAGGUGCUGCCGGGGCCUCCGCUGACCAGGCCUCUGCUCCCCGGGGUCGGGGUCGGGGGGACUUCGGCGUUUGGGAUGACGUCCCCACCGCCCCCCACCAGCCCUUCCAGGACCGCAGCGCCCCCGGGCCUCUCCAGCCUUCCUGUCCCAUCUGCGGGGAGCGCGGGGAUAAGAAAGGCUCCCAGGAAACUGGAAGAGAUCCCCCCGGCCUCCCCGGAGCUGGCUCAGAUGAGGAAGCAGUGCCUGGACCACCACUGCAGGGAGAUGGAGGCCCUGAAGGCGGCCUUCAGGGAGUGCUUGAUCGAGCUGUUCUUCCUGCAGCACCUGCAGGGGAACAUGAUGGACUUCUUAGCUUUCAAGAAGAAGCACUAUGCCCCGUUACAGGCUUACCUCAGGCAGAAUGAUUUGGACCUGGAGGAAGAGGAGGAGGAGGAGGAGGAGGAGGAGGAAGAGAAGUCGGAGGUUAUCAACGAUGAGGUAAAGGUUGUGACAGGAAAGGAUGGGCAGACUGGUACUCCUGUUGCUAUAGCAACCCAGCUUCCUCCAAAUGUUUCUGCUGCUUUUUCAUCCCAGCAGCAACCAUUUCAGCAGCAAGCCCUUGCAGGGACCCUGGUGGCAGGGGCUGGCAGUGUGAUCGAAACGGACCCCUUUAAGAGGCAGCAGGCGGGACCUCCGGCAGAGCAGUCUAAGAGACCUCGACUCGAAGUGGGUCACCAAGGGGUAGUUUUCCAGCACCCAGGGGUGAAUACAGGAGUUCCUCUCCAGCAGUUAAUGCCGACAGUUCAAGGGGGAAUGCCGCCCGCGCCGCAGGCCACUCAGCUCGCCGGCCAGAAGCAGAGCCAGCAGCGGUACGACCCCUCCACGGGGCCCCCGGUGCAGAACGCCGCCAGCCUGCACACGCCGCCGCCGCAGCUGCCCGCCAGGCUGCCCCCCGCCGGCCUCCCCGCCGCGCCCCUGCCGCCGGCGCUGCAGUUCCCCCCGCAGCCGCAGACGGCAGAGCCGCAGACCCCGCUCCCGGUGCCGGUGAAGACACAGCCGCCAAACGCCCCCGCCCCGGCGCCCCCGCCCGGCCAGCUCCCCGCGGCCCUCCACGUCCCGGUGCCCGCGAAGGCGCAGAUGCAGGCCCCUCCGCUCCCGUCCCAGCCGCAGACGGCGGCGCCGCCCAGACCGCCCGUGGACCCCGCCCAGCCCUGCCCGCGGCCCCUGCCCUCCGCCUCCUCUGCCUCGACCGGUGCCCCCGCCGGUGGCUCAGGCCCGGGGCCUUCGCCUGCACGGGCCUCCCCGGUGAACAGACCCUCCCCGGCAGCCAAGUCGCUGUCUCCGGUCCUCGCCCGCUCCCCGGGGGCAGCUGUGUCGGCGCCCCCGAAACCACAGAGCCCUGCUCAGAAUGCCGCCGCGCCCCACGACGGCUCUCAGGACAAGCUGGCAGAACAGAUAGCGCUGGAGAACCAGAUCCAUCAGCGGAUAGCAGAUUUAAGGAAAGAAGGCCUGUGGUCCCUCAGGCGGCUGCCCAAGCUGCAGGAGGCGCCGCGGCCCAGAUCGCACUGGGACUGCCUGCUGGAGGAGAUGCAGUGGAUGGCCGCAGACUUCGCCCAGGAGAGGCGGUGGAAGGUGGCCGCUGCCAAGAAGCUUGUCAGAACUGUAGUGCGUCAUCACGAAGAGAAGAAGCUUCGGGAGGAAAGGGGAAGGAGAGAAGAACAGAACCGAUUGAGACGAAUAGCUGCGUCAACUGCUAGAGAAAUAGAAUAUUUUUGGUCAAAUAUUGAACAGGUUGUGGAAAUAAAACUACAAGUAGAAUUAGAAGAAAAAAGGAAAAAGGCUUUAAAUUUCCAGAAAGUUUCCCGGAAAGGUAAAGAGUCGAGACCUACAGGGCUUGAUGCGUUACGGGAAAACUUUGUGGAUUCGGGGAUACCUGGAAGAAAAAGAAAAGCAAGCACGUCUUUAACCGAUGAUGAAGUGGAAGAUGAGGAGGAGACGAUUGAAGAGGAAGAAGCGAUUGAGGGGGCUGUGGAUCACCAAACAGAGCUAUUGAAUUUAGCCAAAGAAGCUGAAUUGCCCUUAAUUGAUUUGAUGAAGUUGUAUGAAGGUGCCUUUCUGCCGAAUUUCCAGUGGCCCCAACCUAAACCUGACAGUGAAGAGACAAGUGAAGACGAAGACAUGGAAGACUGCUCAGGUGACCGAGAGAGCCGGAAGGAUGUGGUUCUCAUCGACUCGCUGUUCAUCAUGGACCAGUUUAAAGCCACAGAGAGAGUGGUUGUCGGGAAGCCUCACACAAAGGACAUCGCGGAAGUGACCGCUGUGGCCGAAGCCAUCCUGCCCAAGGGCAGUGCUCGGAUCAGCACCGCGGUGAAGGUGAGCGCGCCGGCGCUUCUGUACGGCGCCCUCAGAGAUUACCAGAAGAUUGGCCUGGAGUGGCUGGCCAGGCUCUACCGGAAGAGCCUCAAUGGCGUGUUGGCCGAUGAGGCUGGGCUUGGCAAAACAGUGCAGAUCAUUGCUUUUUUUGCCCACCUAGCCUGUAACGAAGGCAACUGGGGCCCUCAUCUGGUCGUUGUGAGGGGCUGUAACAUACUCAAGUGGGAGCUCGAACUGAAGCGCUGGUGUCCGGGGCUCAAAACGCUCUUGUAUGUUGGCAGCCAUAGAGAACUCAAGGCAAAGAGACAGGGGUGGACAGAGCCCAACCGCUUCAACGUCUGCAUCACGUCCUACAAGCAGUUCUUCAAGGGCUACGCGUCCUUCACACGGAUGCGCUGGAAGUGCCUGGUCAUCGACGAGAUGCAGCGCGUGAAGGGCAUGACCGAGAGGCACUGGGAGGCCGUGUUCACCCUGCAGAGCCAGCAGCGUCUGCUGCUCAUCGACGCCCCCCUGCACAACACCUUCCUGGAGCUGUGGACCAUGGUGCACUUCCUCGUCCCGGGCCUCUCCAGGCCCUACCUGCACUUCCCCCUGAAGGCCCCCAGUGAGGAGAGCCAGGACUACUACCACAAAGUGGUCAUCCGGCUGCACCGGGUGACACAGCCCUUUAUUUUGCGGAGAACUAAGAGAGAUGUGGAGAAGCAGCUAACGAAGAAAUACGAGCACGUCCUGAAGUGCCGCCUCUCCAAUCGACAGAAGGCCUUGUACGAGGAUGUCAUCCUGCAGCCGGGGACGCAGGAAGCGCUGAAGAGCGGGCACUUCGUGGACGUGCUGCGCCUCCUCCUGCGGCUGCAGCGGAUCUGCAACCACCCCGGGCUGGUGGCGCCCCGGCUGCCGGAGUCCUCCUACUCGGCGGGGCCGCUGCACUACCGCUCGGCCUCGCUCAUCCUGAAGGCGCUCGACGGAGACUUCUGGAAGGAAACCGACCUUUCUAUAUUUGACCUUAUCGGCUUAGAAAAUAAAAUGACUCACCACGAGGCGGAACUGCUGGGUAAGAGGAAGGUGACACGGAAGCUCUUCGAGGACCUGCUCACCGCGCCGCCUCCGUCGGGCAGGCCAGCGGCCGUCAGACUGAAGCCCGGCAGGUUGUUUCAGCCCGUGCAGUACGGCCAGAAGCCCGAGGGCCGCACCGUGGCUUUCCCCAGCACACACCCGCCCCGGACGGCCACGCCCACAGCCACUGCCACGCCGCAGGGCCACGUUCGAGGACGGCCACCCAUCGCCACGUUCUCUGCAAAUCCAGAUGCAAAAGCGCCAGCAACCCCGUUUCAGACCUCUCAGGCCUCCACCGGUGCUCCGAGACACCAGCCCGCCUCGACCUUCAGCACAGCACCUAGCCCAGCCCAUCCUGUGAAACUGCGGGCUCAAACCACUGCCCCGGCCUCCACCCCGGGCCCGCCCCAGCCCCAGGCCCAGGCCCCCUCGCACCCGGCCGGGCAGAGCGCGCUGCCUCAGGGGCUGGUGCUCACCUCGCAGGCCCAGGCGCGCCUGCCUAGUGGGGAGGUGGUCAAAAUAGCCCAGCUGGCUUCCCUCGCGGGCCCGCCUAGCCGAGUCGCCCAGCCGGAGAGCCCCGUGACGCUUCAGUUCCAGGGCAACAAGUUCACCUUGUCACAUAGCCAGCUGCGGCAGCUGACAGCUGGCCAGCCCCUGCAGCUCCAAGGCAGCGUCCUCCAGAUUGUGUCCGCGCCCGGGCAGUCCUACCUGCGACCUCCAGGCCCCGUGGUGAUGCAGACAGUGUCUCAGGCAGGGGCCCUGAACGCCCUGGGAAGCAAGCCCCCAGCCGGCGGCCCAAGCCCCGCGCCCAUGACCCCGCCAGUGGGUGUGCCCGGCCGAGUGGCAGUCAGUCCCCUGGCCGCAGGAGAACCUGGAGUGGCCUCCAAGCCAGCCUCCCCCGUCGCCGGGCCGACCCAGGAGGAAAAGACCAGACUUUUGAAAGAGCGGCUGGACCAGAUUUAUCUUGUCAACGAACGGCGCUGCUCUCGCACCCCCAUCUACGGCAGAGACCUGUUGGGGGUUUGUUCCCUGCCCGGCAGAGGGCAGGUGCCUUGGCUCGGGGCUCCAGACGGAGGUCAUGGGAAGGGGGCUGGGCCCGCGAGCCGGUACACGCCACCCUCGACAAGUCACAGGGACCUGAUUUUGUCACUGACUCAACGUCGGGAAUCCCUCCAGGACGUCAUGGACAGGGUGGUGUGCGUGAUCCCGCCGGUGGUGGCCGCGCCCCCGUGCUUGUGGGUGGCAAGGCCACCCUCCCGCUACAGCCACAAGAUGAGGCUCUUCAGACACUGCCUGCGGGAGCACAUGGCGCCCUUUGCCCAGCAGCUGCAGCGGGUGACGGCUCUGUGCUCACUGCGGUUUCCCGAGCUGAGACUGGUCCAGUUUGACUCAGGAAAGCUGGAAGCAUUAGCUAUCUUACUUCAGAAGUUGAAAUCUGAAGGACGUCGAGUGCUGAUUUUAUCGCAGAUGGUUCUCAUGUUAGACAUUUUAGAAAUGUUCUUGAACUUCCAUUAUCUCACCUAUAUAAGAAUUGACGAAAACGCCAACAGUGAACAACGGCAGGACCUGAUGAGGAGUUUCAACCGGGACCGGCGGGUCUUCUGUGCCCUCCUUUCCACACACAGCCGCGCCACGGGCGUGAGCCUGGUGGAGGCAGACGCGGUGGUGUUCUACGACCACGACCUCAACCCGGUGAUGGACGCCAAGGCCCAGGAGUGGUGCGACCGGAUCGGGCGGCGCAAGGACGUGCACAUAUACAGGCUCGUGAGCGGCAAUUCUAUUGAAGAGAAGUUGUUGAAAAAUGGAACCAAAGAUUUGAUCCGAGAAGUGGCUGCGCAGGGAAACGACUACUCCAUGGCGUUCCUCACGCAGCGGACGAUCCAGGAGCUGUUUGAGGUUUAUCCACCCAUGGAUGACACUGGCUUCCCAGUGAAAGCCGAGGAGUUUGUCGUCCUUUCUCAGGAACCUUCUGUCACAGAAACCAUCGCACCCAAAAUUGCCAGACCUUUCAUAGAGGCCCUCAGGAGCAUCGAGCGUCUGGAGGAGGAGGACACGCACGAGCCGGCAGAGGAGUUGGCGCCCGGGUCUCGGCCCCCAGACGGUUCCCGGUGGGACGAGGAGCCCUCGCCGCUGGAGGAGUUAGCGGACUUCAUGGGGCAGCUCACACCAAUUGAAAAAUACGCUUUGAAUUACCUGGAAUUAUUCCAUACUUCCACUGAUCAAGAAAAGGAGAGAACUAGUGAGGGCGCCGUGCUGGCGGCCGUGGGCGAGUGGGAGGCCCGGAACGCGCGCAGCCUGCGGGAGCGGGAGGCCAGGGCGCGGCGCGAGCUGGAGCAGGAGGAGCUGCUCACCUACACCCGGGAGGACGCCUGCGGCGCGGAAUUCGUGUGUGAGGGCGCCGACGGGCAGACGGAGGUCAUGCCGCUUUGGACGCCGCCCACGCCCCCCCAGGACGACAACGACAUCUACAUCGACUCGGUCAUGUGUCUCAUGUACGAAACCACUCCCAUCCCGGAGUCCAAGCUGCCACCCGUGUACGUGAGGAAGGAGCGCCGGAGACACAAGACGGACCCCUCAGCCGCAGGCAGGAAGAAGAAGCAGCGUCACGGGGAGGCCGUGGUGCCCCCGCGGUCGCUGUUUGACCGCGCCACGCCCGGCAUGCUGAAGGUUCGCCGGGAGGGGAAAGAGCAGAAGAAGAACAUCCUGCUGAAGCAGCAGACACAGUUCGCCAAGCCUUUGCCGACCUUCGCCAAGCCGGCCGCCGAGGCUGCUCCCGACAACCCGGAGUGGCUCAUCAGCGAGGACUGGGCGCUGCUGCAGGCCGUGAAGCAGCUCCUCGAGCUGCCGCUGAACCUCACGAUCGUGUCCCCGGCCCACACGCCCAACUGGGACCUCGUCAGCGACGUCGUCAACUCCUGCAGCCGCAUCUACCGCUCCUCCAAGCAGUGCCGCAGCCGCUACGAGAAUGUGCUCAUCCCGAGGGAGGAGGGGAAGAGUAAGAACAACCGCCCUCUGCGCACGGGCCAGAUGUACGCUCAGGACGAGAACACCACGCACACCCAGCUGUACACAAGCCACUUUGACCUGAUGAAGACGACUGCGGGCAAGAGGAGCGCCCCCAUCAAGCCUCUGCUUGGCAUGAAUCCCUUUCAGAAAAACCCCAAGCACGCUUCUGUGUUGGCAGAAAGUGGAAUCAACUACGACAAACCGCUGCCUCCUAUUCAGGUCGCAUCACUCCGGGCGGAGCGCAUCGCCAAGGAGAAAAAGGCGCUGGCCGACCAGCAGAAGGCGCAGCAGCCGCCCGUGGCGCAGCCGCCGCCACCACCGCCGCCGCCACAGCCGCAGCCGCCGCCGCCCCAGCAGCCGCCCCCGCCGCUGCCCCAGCCCCCAUCGGCCGGCAGCCAGCAGCCCGCGGGGCCGCCCGCCGUCCAGCCCCAGGCCCAGGCGCAGCCCCCGGCGCAGCCCACGCCGCCCCCGCCGAAGGCGCCCCCCGCGAUCACGACGGUGGGCAGCGCUGCAGUGCUGCAGGCGGGAACCAUCAAGACAUCUGUCACAGGGACAAGCAUGCCCACGGGCGCGGUGAGCGGAAACGUGAUCGUGAACACCAUCGCCGGCGUCCCCGCCGCCACCUUCCAGUCCAUUAACAAGCGCCUCGCCUCACCCGUGGCACCUGGAGCCUUGACUACCUCGGGAGGCUCUGCUCCUGCCCAGGUGGUCCACGCCCAGCCUCGAGCAGUUGGGUCCCCGGCCACGGCCACGUCCGACAUGGUGUCCCUGGCACCGACUCAGGGCGUUCGAGCGGUCACCUCGGUGACGGCCUCGGCUGUGGUCACUACCAGCCUGACCCCGGUGCAGACCCCGACGCGGUCUUUGGUGACUCAAGUGUCCCAAGCCACAGGGGUCCAGCUGCCGGGGAAAACCAUCACGCCCGCGCACUUCCAGCUCCUGCGGCAGCAGCAGCAGCAGCAGCAGGCGGCCUCUCAGGUGCAGGUCCCGCAGAUCCAGGGCCAGGCCCAGGCGCCGGCGCAGAUCAAGGCAGUGGGCAAGUUGACACCGGAACACCUGAUCAAAAUGCAGAAGCAGAAACUGCAGCUGCCCCAGCAGGCGCCCCCAGCACAGGCCCCGCCGGGGCCCCCGCAGCCAACGGCGCAGGUGCAGGUGCAGGCCCCGCAGCCCACGCAGCAGCAGAGCCCCCAGCUCACCACGGUCACGGCCCCGAGGCCCGGCGCCCUGCUCACGGGCACCACCGUGGCCAACCUCCAGGUGGCCCGGCUCACCCGGGUCCCCACUUCACAGCUGCAGGCUCAAGGGCAGAUGCAGGCCCCGGCGCCCCAGCCAGCCCAGGUGGCACUGGCGAAGCCCCCGGUGGUGUCGGUGCCCGCAGCCGUGGUCUCCUCGCCAGGCGUCACGACGCUGCCCAUGAACGUUGCUGGGAUCAGUGUGGCCAUCGGGCAGCCGCAGAAAGCCGCAGGGCAGACUGUCGUGGCCCAGCCUGUGCACGUCCAGCAGCUGCUGAAGCUCAAGCAGCAAGCCGUCCAGCAGCAGAAGGCCAUCCAGCCGCAAGCCGCCCCAGGCCCGGCCGCCGUCCAGCAGAAGAUCACGGCACAGCAGAUUGCUGCUCAGGGCCAACCACAGAAGGUCACCUAUGCCACCCAGCCAGCCCUUAAAACCCAGUUUCUCACCACGCCCAUCUCCCAGGCCCAGAAACUGGCUGGGACCCAGCAGGUGCAGACCCAGAUCCAGGUUGCGAAACUCCCUCAAGUCGUCCAGCAGCAGACACCCGUGGCCAGCAUCCAGCAGGUUGCCUCUGCUUCCCAACAGGCUUCCCCGCAGACCGUGACCCUCACCCAGGCCACAGCAGCCGGGCAGCAGGUCCAGAUGAUCCCCGCGGUGACAGCGACAGCACAGGUGGUCCAGCAGAAGCUCAUGCAGCAGCAAGUCGUGACCACGGCGGCGGCCCAGCUGCAGACCCCCGGGGUUCCCAGCCCAGCCCAGGUGCCGGCCAGCUCCGACAGCCCGAACCAGCAGCCCAAGCUCCAGAUGAGAGUCCCUGCCGUCAGGCUAAAGACGCCCACCAAGCCUCCGUGCCCCUAGUCGGGAGAGGGGGGCGGCCCCAGGCGGGCCACCCGUGCCUUCCGCCGUCCCGCCAAGGUGGGGUAGACUUUAUCUACUGAGCCCCAGGACAGUGUCAUGCAGGGUGUCCAGCGCCUGGAGCAGCGAUCCUCAGCGAACCCCCCCUUUCAUGUGUUAUGUGACUGACUGAAAACGUGACGGUGGCAAUUUUUCCUAGAUGUUUUACCUUUUAAUUUCUCCUCCAGAGCAGUAGUGCUGGGUCUUGAAAGCCAUUUAGAAUUUCUCUGUGAGUGUACAGUGUUUUUUGCACAUCACAAGUAACCAUUUGGAAGGUGCAGUGAGUCAUAAAAUAGACCUUAUGAGGCUAAAAUGUGGUCUGACAGCAUCUGUCUCUGCCUGGUUCUUUAUUCCUAACUGAAAACGCAGUAUGGUCCCUCAAGAGGAGAAAGACUGUCUAAUAUCAAAGGUAGGUCAUCUCAGAUCAGGGAAAACCAAGGUGCUUUCUUCCCUCCCUCCUAAAAUGUGACUCGUUUGGACUCUUAAAGGAGAGAUUUAGUACUGACAUGCAUUGAAGCACAUUCAUGACGCGUUCCCAGCUUGUGCUGAAGGGGAAUGAUCUGUGACUGAAUUUUCAUUCCAAAGAGCAUCCCGUGCCGCGUCCCUCAGAGUGACCGGUUUCCAUGUAAACGGAACCUUUGGGACUGCUCCCCAUCCCAGCACAUCCACGAUAUUUCCCCAGGUUUCGGAUAAACUUGUAAUUGGACUUAGACUACUGAAGCAGCGCCAGCAAACUUUGUGAGGCUCCCGUCUGGGAAUGGUUCGGGGCCCAGACUGCGGUGCAAGUGUUGUCACGUUGCAGAUGGCACCGCUGAGUGCUCGGUGAGGCGCGACUCUUGCUAAGGGGGCGGCCUGCCAUCACCCCUUUGCUUUCGUGCCCAGUCCAGGUGUGACGUGCAGAGGUGAGAAGCCUCCUUGUACAGGUGGUGUGUAUAUGCACCUACAAGUAUUAGCCACAGAAAUGGGUGUGGUAAACUCUUCAUACUAGACCGUCAUGUCUCGUAUGUGAGUAGAUCGCCCACUUGGGGUUCUGCGUAAAGCAGAGAGCCGUCCAGGCAACUUGGGGUGGGGGGCCCGUGGUUGAGGGGCAAAGAUGAGGCCCUGUAUUUGCUGUUUUUAUUUUUUUACUGUGGCAACUGCAAAGGGCUUGAUUGGCUGACGAUGUCUGCUUACCUGGAAGUGUCCACCCAAGCAAAAGGCGCGUGUCUAAUGACACCCUCUCUGCUCUGUCUCUGUGCCUCUUUUACAGCUUUGGUCCAGGAAAUCAGGUUGUGUUAGGUCUGUGUGUACUUAGGAACAGUUCCGGCAUACUGAGAGAUUUUUAAUUUUAAUCAAUCGGUUUCCCCCCGCUUUGUGUCACUUUAUAUGACACAAAGGAAAGUGUCCUGUCCCGAAUUUUUUUGUUUCCCAUCAAUAUAUGUGGACAAUAAUAUGGCGAUUGAUACCUUAGUGAAGUCAACCGGGCAGCUCAUUUUUGAGUUCCUGGUGAGAAAUUUGGAAAAAAGUAAAGACCAGGUGUUCAAAGUGGACGGGAUUUAACGUUCUAGUUAAUUGAACAUAUCAAAACAGAACACUAUACUUUGCCUUCUAACUUGUUCAUUGUGGGUUCAGCACGUGCUGUAAUGAGAGAGUACGGCAUGCAGGAGGCUUUCUGGGCUUCGUAUCUGGGUACUGAGGAGAGUUCCUACUUUUUUUUUUUUUAAAUCCGCAAAUGUGCAGAACUAAAAAGGAAUUCCCCUUUUCAGCUUAUUUUAACUUGUGCAGCCUGUUGGUUUUGUUCUUACCCUUCAUGGGGGUGUUGACGGUCUCUUUGUAGAUGAUGGUGAAAUGUUGAGUGUUUAGAAUAUCCUAGACAUAGCUGCCUGAGUAGAAGUCCUCUAUUAAUCUAGAACACUAGAAGAGAAUUUAGAAAAAUCUCUCAAAAGCUUUCUAAGAACAGAACUAGGGUCUGAAUAUUUGCAGUGUGGGACUCCUGCCCUGUCUUACUAUGUGAGUGAAAGAAGUGUGUUUUCUUCAGCGAUUCCCUGUUGCAAAAUAUGGGACAGAAAAUCGUGUUACUGGUAUCAGUCGAUUUAGUAACAUCUAGAUGUCAGCACUGACCUCAUAGUCUUCUACAGUGUCAUUUAGGUAAAGGGUCCAGUGUAUUGUUUUCUUCGCCUUCUGUUUUAAAGGUUAAACUUUCCAUAUUGAAGAAUAAGUGUGAGUUUGUUUAGGACGAUGUUUUCCAGGCUUCCUCAGAUUGUUGCUGUGGUCAGAAUCCCGCAUUGCCUUGUAGAACAGGGUUCGCACCCAGUGCAUCAUGGUAAGGAUGGAGAGAAAUCUUCAGAACAUAAAAUAUAAAGACAGCAGGCAAAAACACCGUCAAACUGGAACUGGCCACCAUGGAAAGCAGUCGCCAGUGUUUCUUUAAUUCAGAGACAUUUGUUCCGGGGAGGCCGGGUGGUGUUUGCAGGAUCGGGGGCGGGGGAAGCAGGAGGCUCGAGUCAGCCUCCUGAGGCCGAGGCUUUCCCUUUUGCCACCUUCAGGACUUUCUGUUAACUGUUGUAACCAGAUAGCUGUUGUGUUUUAAAAUAUAAAGGAAGAAGACCGAAAUUGUAAAUACUUUGUAAACAAUCAUUUGUACUUGAAUAGUAGGGUUUUAAAGGGCACUGAUACCCCACCAAACAAAAGGUAUAAUAAAUUGACCUUUUUAUAUGCU